CAGGGAAGGGCUUGUACGGUGGUUCUCUUCUUGUUCCUAGUGUUCAAGAAUUAGUACAGAAGCCAAUACUCACAAUCCCACCCAGAUACAUACAGCCUCAUCAUCAAGAGAUCAUCAGUUCUGAUCAUCAUGCUCAUCAAAUACCAUCCAUUGACAUGCAGCAAUUGCUUUCCCAAGAAUCAACCAUUUCUGAAUCUGAAAUAGCCAGGCUCCAUUUUGCUUGCCAAGAGUGGGGUUUCUUUCAGUUGGUAAACCAUGGUGUGAGCUCUUCCUUGUUGGAGAAAAUGAAGACAGAAACUCAAGAGUUCUUCAACCUACCCAUGGAAGAGAAGAAAAAAAUUUCGCAACAGCCAGGAGACAUUGAAGGUUUUGGACAAUCCUUUGUAGUUUCUGAAGACCAAAAACUCGAUUGGGUUGACACUUUCUUCUUGACCACCCUUCCUGUCCAACUGAGGAAGCCUCGCUUACUCCCAAAACUCCCUUCUCCUUUCAGGUCCUCUCAUGAUUCCAAAUAAAUAUGUUUGUCUAUGAUAUUU